AUGGCAUCCGCCCAAGACUUCAUAGAAGACAAUGAGGAUAGAGACGGUAUUCGAUUCAGUUGGAAUGUCUGGCCUUCGUCACGCUUAGAAGCGCAACGAUUAAUAGUACCAAUUGGGUGUCUAUAUACCCCUCUCAAAGCUAAAGAAGAUCUACCCCCCGUACACUACCACCCUAUUGUGUGCAACAAGCCACACUGUGGUGCAACACUGAAUCCUUUCUG